AUGAAGACCGCUCCCGCUCCCUGGUUCUCGGACCUUACGCGCCUUCUCGGCAUGUGCGGAUCUUUCUCGCCGGUGCUGACUCUCGAAGCAUGUGUCGACCUUUCUGGCAUCCGUUGCCAAGCCGCACGUGGCUUUCUCAAGCUCACUUUCGUCACUCCAUAUUUAUUUGCACGGCUGAGCACCUUCAGCGACAUCCACCACCAGUACAAUCUGCACAACAUGGCGAGCGACUCCGAGGGAGCCAUGACCGGCGAUAUCGCGCUGUCCGCGCAAAUCGCCAAAUUACAUCUUCCAAAAGCGCACGACCAGAUUCUUCGCCUCACCGAGCCACUUCCAUACAACAAGAACGAUACAUUCGCCAUGGCAUACUUGGCAGUAUCGACCCGUGCGACAAGCGCCACUCAAGACAACAUCAACGACACCAAAGCAAAUGACGCCGAUGGAGAGGGCGAGACAUCUCCCACCGGCUUUCUCGACCUACCAAGAGAACUGCGCGAUGAGAUCUAUGAGCUGGCUGUUGUUCAUCAAAGCGACGACGGUGUCCAAACCAUUGAGCGCGCAACUCCACGUGGUAUCCUCCCCAGCCUCAUGUCCCACAAUGUCUCCAAGUUGGGUCAAGUUUGCAAGCAGUUACGCCAGGAAGCAUUCGACAUGUUCUUCAAGUACAAUCGAUUUGAAGUUGGCAGUCUCCGCUCGUACAAGGGUGGUGAUCGGCUGGGAUGGACUUCACACAAGAAGAUCACGGAUCUGCUCAAGCGCCUGGUCUACUUCGAGAUUGCGUUCGCUGCCUUCCCGCGAGUGUACAUCGAACAGCAGAGCGACGGCAGCUGGAGCGGAACUUGGGAAGAUACUGACUGGAGCUCUCUGUACGCAAGUGGGGCUCCGACCAAAGACGUCGAUGGGAUCAUUGCGGACAUGUGCGAUGCAGCUGAUGAGAAUUUGACGAAGCUGUUAUUCAUGUUGGAAAAUGGUCGCGACAGCAUCGCAGACGCGAUCAAGCUGUUCCAGGACAACAUCGAACUGCUCAGUACAGGAGGUAAACUACAGGUGGAGGUCCAGCCAGAGCACAAGGUGGCUGUCGUAUGUACCAUGUGGAGCUGCAACAGCCAUAGAAGAGCGGUCUGGUCGACGUGGCGUUGGCAACUUGUAGUGAUUUCCUCCCGAUCCCCUUCUCCAGAACUUUCUCACGGUCAUAGCUCGAUUACCAUUCGUAAACAUUCGGCCACCCUGCUGCUAAAGCGUCCGCCGGAUCUCCUGUACAACUCUGCUCUUGCAUACACCAACCACAGAUCGCUCUGCGAGAUUCCGGUCACUGAUGCCACUGACGCUAUCCUUCGAUUGAAGAGGGAGAUUCUCCUCGAAAGACGCUGCAGCUUUGAGGAAAUUUCUUACAGACUUGGCUGUUCGCUCUUUGGAAUGCCGAGCGCGAUUGAGGAAGAGAACUUGAGCUCCAUCUUGAGGCAUUGCUUGCUUCUGGAGACGACUCGUUGCUCGUUAGAAGGCUAUGUUGCAAUUCUUUCUACCAUCAAAGAGCAUGGGUCGCGUACUGAUUGGUAUUGCUGCUCGCCCUUUGAAUAUAUAUUCAUAUUCAGUUGA